GUACCAUCGGAUGGACUCAAUUGAAGGUCAUCAAUGUCACACCAACGGCAGAAUCUUCCCUCGCUCUCUCUCCCAAAUAGCCUAAUGCCGUCAUGGAGGUCACAUCCACAUCCACAUCCACCUUUUACUACACCUCUUCCCCUUCCCCUUCCCCUUCCCCUUCUCUACUUCUAUCUCUACCUUUUCCUCCCUCACGGUACCUCCUCGAUAGCCUUGACUCCUCUAGGAUACCCACGGCAGCUCGUUUCAUGAUUCCCUCAUCUUUAAUCUAGACGCGCCAGGCCAGAUCACGUCAGACCACUUCACAAGUCAGCAUACCUGCCAUCAUCUCCUCGAUCUCAGGAAUCCCCCUCCCUCCCUCCAUUCCUCGAUUUCGAUCC